CAUUGAAUAGUUCUGAUUGCAGAACCUAUCCUAAGGAUGGAGAAGAGGUCUCGAAGCUCUUCCAGGGAGGCCCAUAAACAAAACAGAAAUUCUCCACCUAAGAACAAAAGAGGAAAGUCAGAGAAAAGUGAGAGAGUGAAUCGCAGCCAAGACGUUCGACAGGAGAAGCAAGAUUCUAAGAGAAGGAAAGGAAAGGAGGACAAGGAUGAAGGGACUACCCUAGAAGUGGAUAACAGGAUCCAGACUUCCACCAUAGUGGAUGUAGAUGAUGUCAUGGACUCCUUGGAAGAUGAAGCUGAGGUGAUAGCACUGUUGGAAAGUGAGCAACAGGAAGAAGGUAAAAAAUCAUCUCAUCUAGGAAUCUGUGAGUGGCUUCUCAUCAUCUUAUCGCUGAUGCUCAUCAUUGCAACUUUCCCCUUCUCUAUUUGGUUCUGCAUAAAGGUUGUGCGGGAAUAUGAGAGAGUCAUUAUAUUUCGUCUGGGACAUCUUCUCCCAGGAAGAGCUAGAGGCCCUGGCCUUUUCUUCUUUCUUCCCUGCCUGGAUACCUAUCACAAGGUGGAUCUUCGCCUCCAAACUCUAGAGAUUCCUUUCCAUGAGGUGGUGACCAAAGAUAUGCUAAUAAUGGAGAUAGAUGCCAUCUGCUACUACAGGAUGGAAAAUGCCUCCCUGCUUGUAAGCAACAUUGCCCAAGCGUCCAGAGCUGUCCAGUUGCUGGUACAAAUCACUAUGAAGCGCCUCCUGGCCCAUCGCUCAUUCACCGAGAUACUCCUAGAGAGGAAAAGCAUUGCCCAAGACACUAAGGUGGCUUUGGAUGCAAUCACUUGUCGCUGGGGAAUCAAAGUGGAGCGGACAGAAAUUAAAGACAUAAGAUUGCCCACAGGCCUCCAGCAGUCCCUGGCUGUGGAAGCUGAAGCUCAAAGACAGGCCAAAGUGAGGAUGAUUGCUGCUGAAGGGGAGAAGGCUGCCUCCGAGUCCCUGAGGAUGGCAGCUGAGAUACUGUCGGGCAGUCCAGCCGCUGUCCAACUUCGCUAUCUCCACACCCUUCAGUCCUUGUCUACAGAGAAGCCAUCCACUGUCGUCUUACCUUUACCUUUUGAUCUCAUGAAUCUUUUACCGUCUGCUGGCAGCAGAAUGCAAGGAAGUCUCCCCUUACCAAAUCCUCCCAGGACUGCAGGGACACAGGAUCCCUCAAAAAAAGAUUCUCCCAUGUUGUAAGACCCCCAAAAGGAUAUAAUUAAGAGGUCCUGCAAUACCAAAGGAUGCAAAAUAUAGUUAUUUGUUUUAGCGCUCUUGUGGUUUGCACUCAUUUUGGUCACCACCAUUUGGUCAAUAGAAUGAUAGGUGCCCUCUUGGGGUGAAAAACCUAUGUCAUUUCCUACAUUAGUAACAUGUUAAUCUUCCCAUUGUGAUUUGGCUUGUCAAAAAAAAUCUUGCCGCCUACUUAGAACAACCCUUGGGAAGGAAAUUCUAAUUUUUCCUUAAGAAAUAUUCAUCUUAAAUUAAUUUUAAGACAAUGGAUUUUCCCAGUCAUGUCACUUAAAAAUUUCUUGGUUAAAUCAUCAUACAUUAUAAAAUUUAAAAAGCAAUGUAAAUUUCUUCUAAUUGACUAUAAAAUUUAUGCCUAUUUUAAAAUUUCAUUUCUAUGGGAAAAUGUAUUUAGACAUAUUUACAACUAUCAUGUGAUAGAGAAUCAUUGAAUGUCAUCUAGCAGGAUAGUUAUUUUUUAGCCCAAACUUGCAUCUAUUACAUCAGCUAAGAAAACUCCAAGUCACUAGAAAACUCCAUAAAACCCAAGUUUCAAAGUGAUGUUUGCCAUACUUACAGGUUUUUAGUCUGCAAUAUUAGUUUGCUGCAUAGAGAUUGAAAUGAAUACCUGUCAUUAUAUUUGGGUGGAACUUUUGCAAAUAAACUGGUAGCAAACAGCAAGAAAAGGGACAAUGGACCAAAGAUUGGAAAUGCUUGAUUUCUCCUGGUCCCACUGGUUCCCUUGUCUCUGUGUGAAUGUUGUUCUCCUCUUUUCUAUCUCAUCUUUAUGUGUUGCCUUCCUCCCCUAAAAUGUAAUCUUUGAAAACAGGGACUUAGAAUAAUCUAAUUUUUGUGUUUCUGUACCCUAAGCACUUAGCAUGACACAAAUUUCAUAAAUAGUAUUACAUCUAAUCUAGUCUAUAUUGAAAACUUUCAGUUAUGUGGGCCACAGAGAAUGAUGAACACUUUUCUCAAUAUGCAAUUCACAUUAUUGACCAGGUGAACUUUUAGCAUCAUAAUUUAGGAUGGCAUAAUGGAAAAUAUCUUAAGAAAGAAAACUGAGAUCUGGUGGAGUCAAAGGACCUCAGAGAUAAUUGGGUAAAAUCUGAAUACCAGAAUUUUUUGAAUAGGAGGUCUCUCUAUGAUAUUCCCAAGAAAUGAUCAUCCAAUUUCUGCUUGAACUUUUCAAAGAAUGGAAUUGUUCAUUAGUGCUAAGGCAUUUCAUUUCUCUUUGGAUCACCUCUAGGCUUUUCUGGAAUUUUUCUGAGCAUUUCUGGAAUACCCUAUUUUUGACCUUUGUUUUGUGUCAAGUAACCAAAUUAGCCCCUCUUCUACAUGGCAAUCAAUCAAAUAUUUGAAGAUGGAUUUUCAUGUUAUAUCCCUUUGCCCACCCCCAUCCCCACCCAGGUCUUCUCUCCAGGUUAACCAUCUCUAGUUUCUCACUUCUGGGACAAGUUUAAAGUCACAGGUCUCUAUGAAGAGAUAAUGAAAAAUCCACCAACUUUUGCACAAUUCUUGUUUAAUUUGGGGUCUCUCUGUACAGUAAGGUAUUGCACUGAUUCACUGCAACAGUCACUAUGACUUUAAAAAGCAAA